GCUGCUCGGGGAUUAAAUCUGCGGGCUCCAGUUGUCUGCGGGGAGUUGUGGGUCUGUGUAACGCAGCGCUCGCAGACGUGCAUGUCUUGGUGACCUCUGCUCAGUCCCGGAGAACGGUCCACGGGAGGUGCUGGGCCGUAAUCGCCAUUGAAAGCAGUGUCUUAAAUGAGCAAUAAUUCCUCUGUCAAACAUACUUGGGUGGCUUCCGUGCAGAAAAAAGAAAAGGGAGUUGAUCCUGCAGGCUGUCUCUACUUAGGAAUCUGAGGGAAUAAAACUGCUCCUGGGUGAUGAAACCAAUAGCUUUCAACACAGAACUGCUUUAUAGUAUGUGGAGAGCAUUGUCUUGAGAGUCAACCAUAACACGUGCCCUCUUAGUACCCUACGUGAGGCUUCCCACUGUGAUUUGAGCACCUCAGGAAUGCGGUGGGAGCACUUUGUGAGCCCCUGGAGCUGUUAAAUCUGUCGCACAGCAAGAGAAAGUGGGAACACGCCGAUCAGAGCUCUGUGCGGCGACAUGAACUGCUGUUGUUGAAGUCAGUGGCAAAGUUCUGUCUCGGUGCGGGUCCUUGCCGUUGUCAGCAGAUGUGUUUCGGGAGGUGUGCCCCUGUGCUCUGAGGCCUUAAGGACGCCCCCAAACCUUCAUCCAAUAGUAAUUGUGGUGGGUUUGGCUGUCUUGCCUGAAUUUCCUGGUCGCCCUAUUUGUGGUUUGCAGAAGGCCGUAGAAAAAGAGACACAAAUAUUUCCAGAAAGGUGAAAAUAAGUUUCUAAAAGACAAUAAGCAUUUUCUGACUGGUGGCUGGCUUGAGAAGACCAUCACCAAGCUGUGUGGGGACAUUCUUUGAGCUUCCACUCUUAUGUCUCUCAUGGACAAACACAAAGUGAAGCGGCAACGUCUGGAUCGCAUAUUUGAAGGCAUUCGACCUCCAAUCAUGAACGGGCCCAUGCACCCACGCCCCUUGGUCGCGCUGCUGGAUGGCAGGGACUGUACAGUAGAAAUGCCCAUUCUGAAGGAUGUAGCCACAGUGGCAUUUUGUGAUGCUCAGUCUACACAAGAGAUUCAUGAAAAGGUACUAAAUGAAGCAGUGGGGGCACUGAUGUAUCACACUAUCACUUUAACACGAGAAGACCUGGAGAAAUUUAAAGCACUUCGAAUAAUUGUCCGAAUUGGCAGUGGUUUUGAUAAUAUUGACAUCAAAUCUGCUGGAGAUUUAGGGAUCGCAGUGUGUAAUGUGCCAGCUGCCUCAGUAGAAGAAACAGCAGACUCUACCAUGUGCCACAUUCUGAACCUCUACAGGAGAACCACCUGGCUGCACCAGGCUCUACGAGAAGGCACAAGAGUACAGAGUGUGGAGCAGAUCCGGGAGGUGGCUUCUGGCGCUGCCAGGAUCCGAGGGGAGACCUUGGGCAUUAUUGGAUUAGGGCGUGUUGGGCAAGCAGUAGCACUACGUGCCAAAGCCUUUGGCUUCAGUGUGAUCUUCUAUGACCCAUACCUCUCAGAUGGCAUGGAGCGAGCUCUGGGACUGCAACGGGUCAGCACCUUGCAGGACCUGCUGUUCCACAGUGACUGUGUUACCCUGCACUGCAACUUGAAUGAACACAAUCAUCAUCUUAUUAAUGACUUCACCAUCAAGCAGAUGAGACAAGGGGCUUUCCUGGUCAACACAGCUCGAGGUGGGUUAGUAGACGAAAAAGCACUUGCACAGGCCCUGAAGGAAGGAAGGAUACGAGGGGCAGCCUUAGAUGUACAUGAGUCAGAACCAUUCAGCUUUAGUCAGGGCCCCUUGAAGGAUGCCCCAAACCUGAUCUGUACCCCGCAUGCAGCCUGGUACAGUGAACAAGCCUCUAUCGAGAUGCGGGAGGAAGCUGCACGAGAGAUCCGGAGGGCGAUCACAGGUCGUAUUCCAGACAGUCUGAAAAACUGUGUUAACAAAGAUCACUUGACUGCAGCUACACAUUGGGCCAGCAUGGAUCCUGGAGUUGUUCAUCCAGAGCUUAAUGGUGCUGCAUACAGCAGGUACCCCCCGGGCGUUGUAAGCGUGGCCUCCACCGGCAUACCUGCGGCGGUAGAAGGAAUAGUCCCCAACCCUAUGUCUUUAUCACACGGCCUCCCCGCUGUAGCCCACCCGCCCCACGCUCCUUCCCCUGGCCAAACUGUCAAACCAGAAGCUGAUAGAGACCACCCCAGCGACCAAUUGUAGCCUAGGAGAACAGCAUUCCCAGCUCUGGAGACUCCGGCUUCUGCGCCUGGAAACAAACCAACAAAACUAAACCCUGGAUUUUGAGUCAAGGCAAAACCAUGAACUUACAGGAGGAGACGAUUCUUGUUCUAGAAACUGGUCCAAUUAACAGUGUGAAAGGAAAAGGUGGGAGACAAAAAAAAAAAAAAAAAAAAAAGAAGAUUUGGAAGCAUUUUUUUCCUCCGUAUCAAUUGUAGUUUGUCCCUGUCCCGUGGACUGAUCACUGUUUCUGUGUCCUAUGGGUUCUUUGUUAAGCAAGAGAAGUUAGUAGUUAAUUAUAUCAUGAAUGUACUUGUCUGUGUACAGUUUUUAGAACAUUAAAAAAAAAAAAGGGUUUGUUUGCUUAGCUGUCAACGAGGAAAAAAAAAAAAAGUAAGGGGAAGGCAUUCAACAAACCGAUUUUGAGAUUUAAAAAAAAAAAAUCCUUUCUUUUAUAUUUUAAAACCAUGCCCCAGAACGAGGCAGUUGGCAAACUUCUCAGGACAAUGAAUUUUUCCCAUUUUUCUUUCUACGCCACACAGUGCAUUGUUUUUUCUACCUGCUUGUCUUAUUUUUUAGAAUAAUUUAGUAAACAAAAAUAAAAUUAAAAAAAAAAAAGGCAAAAACAGUUUUGUUUUGUUUUUGUUUUGUUUCUUCCCCCCCCCCCCCUAAUUUUGGCAUGAAUUCCCUUAUUUCAAAAAAAAAAAAAAGACCUUGCAAAGAGAUUUAGAGGAAUUAAAAGGGUUUUGUAUAAACGAGCGUUGUGCUUUUUGUCACCAGUUAAAGUAUAUAUUAUUGGUGGUAUGCAGAAAAGGCACUAGACUACUGAAAAGUAGCAGCAUUUCAUUGCCUACAUUGAUUCCUUCCUGGUAAUGUGGUAGGCUAGCAAUAUAUUUUUUUUUCUUUCUUUUUUUUUCUUUUCUUUUUUUUUUUUUUUUUUUUUUUUGGGUUUAAAAACAUGUUUGUGACUGUAACCAUUUGUAUGAAUUAUUUUAAAGAAAUAAAAAUCCCAGACAAAUAUCCCACGUGUAAAAAAUUUUUAUUUCUAGUAUAACUGUUUAUUCAGGUUGGUUUUGGUUUUUUUUAUUAGGUUUCUUUUUAGCUGUAAUUUUUAAACAGAUGCUGUCAGGUAUUUUCAUUUCUAGCUUUAAUUUGCUCUCUGUUGUUUGUAAUCCUGUCUUGGAAGCUUGAGAAAUAAAGAGAACGAAGGUAAUAAUUCCUUCCAUCCCAUUUUUCCCUUUCCAUUUCGUAAAUGUUGAUCCUUUUUACUUUUUUUUUUUUUUUUUUUUUUCUCUCCUGUGUUUCUAAUGGAGUUUGAGAUUUAAGAUGGGUUUUGAUUUGUACACCGGCAUCGUCAGCUGCAAAAUGGUAACAGCACUUGUGCCACCACUGUGGGCAGAGCAGAGGAGGUACCACAGCAAUCCAGCAAUGAGCAUAAUAAAUGUCUUUGCCGAAGUCCAA